ACACUCACACAAUUGCAUCGACGAAAUGGAUGGUUUGCCGAUGUAAACAAUUGCAUGUUACGCACCGCAGAACAACGGCAUAAGAAUAUCGAGUUUCACAGUUCACCGCAAAGAAAGUUUCCCCCAUUUCCCGUCCCGUUUGCUGGUGCAGUAUGUUGUGAAGACUUUCCCAGGGCCAGAAAACCGCCACCCGUUAUUCAGUAUGUUCCCGUGCUCGGUGCAGUAGGUGCAGUUCCGCGUUGCCAAACAUGGAAGUCGGAGAGUCGGAACAUUCUGGCCGGGGCUUUCGUCAGCGUAAGGGCAGAACCAGCCCAAUGUGCUGCCCGAUUUGCGGUGUUACGUUACGCUUGCACGAGAUCGAUCACCACUUUGCGGUGGAGGUGGAUCGGCUCGAGCGCAUCCUGAAGCCGAAGAAACAGCUUCCCUACGGCGCUGGCGGCGCUGAGGACGGACCAACGGCCGGACCUAGCUACAGCAAUGGCGAAGGACCAAGUCACAGUGGCAGUGGUCAGCUGCCGACGGCUCGAACGAACGGCCACAACAGUGAAGAGACGGUGGCCAGUCCGGCCGUCGGGCCGGAUGAGUGCUGGGGGACGUAUCAGAAGAUCAAAAACAAUCGACAGGCGCGCUUGAAGCUAAAGUCGCGAAAGCGGAAACCGGAAGACAAUGUGUGCCCCAUUUGCAACAAAGUUACCCUGGACGAUAUCACGCUGCACGUGGAGGCGUGCCUGAGAAAGUCCGAACCGCAGCGCAACGGCACCAAUGCGUCGGCCAACGGCGGCGGCAGUGAAGAUGACGACGAUGACGACGACGAUGCCAGCAUCGAUGUCGAGGGCGAAUCGUUCGAGGUGUACGAGUGGGCCGGGCAGAAGCGUGUGCGCAGCACGACCAUGCUUGGGCCGGGUGCGCACGGUGGGCUCGGCGUUCGGCUUACCUACGCCGACGAUACGGACGACGAGCUGAACGUGGACGGCGACGAGAGCCAGGUAUACGGACCACCGCAGUAUUCGGAGCGGGACGUAAUAGUGACGGGCCGUGGUGCGUCUGGUAGUAGCAGUGCGCUUCGCGAGCUGCUCAUUGCCAACGAUCCGCCGGUCGUAAAACCGCCGGCCGAAAGCAACCCCGGCGAGGGUACGAGCAAGUCUACUGCCCCACCGGCGUCGUCCGGCCUGCCUACCUCGCUGCCCGCCGGGCUGGAGGGUGAGCCCGAACCGGCCACAGGUACGGAGCGUCGCAUCAUCGAGUCGCUCAAGGCAAAGAUACGCGAAUACGAAGGGUACAUUCAGAAUCGGCCCAAGUGUCUGAUUUGUAUGGACGAUUUUCGCAAACCGAUCGUGUCGGUUUGCUGCUGGCAUGUGUACUGCGAGGAGUGCUGGCUGCACACGCUAGGGGCCAAGAAGCUGUGCCCACAGUGCAGUAUGAUCACCUCGCCGACUGAUCUGCGGAGAAUUUAUCUUUAAAACCGCACGCAUUACGCAGGUAGGGGAGACAGUAAGCAGGGAAAACAAGGCGUAAUACAUCACAUCAUGUUGGUGGGGAAACAUGGGAACAUGGGUAAAAUGAUACGCAGCACACAAAACAGCACAAAAGAGGUCCAAAACACGGGCGAAGAUGCGAUAGGCAUGGCUGAACAUUGAAAGAAGUUAAGUAUGUUAGAUGGUUUCAUCGGACAGGUGUGUUAAAAAACGCACCUCAAAUACGCAUGCCAACGGCAAACGUGCCAAAACGAAAACGAAAUACAUUUUACCCCACGGAGACAAUGAUAAUGAGACAAUAAGCAAAGCAUUUACAGGCAUACUAACAGCAAACGAAACCCAAAGCCCGAUACGGUUUGUUAGAGGGGGCGCAUUAAAGCAGGCCGCUUUUUUCGACAAUUAAUGUACUUUUAAAUUUCCCGGCUUGUCCAACAUUCAUUCGAACAUUCCGUUUUGCUGUACACGAUAAUCUUAGUUGGAUAAGUUUACCUAUUUACCAGUACUCCUGACCACUAAGCCAUUUACGAUGCGUUCCAGAUUAAUACUCGAAUGACUGAAUGAAUAAUAACGAGUCCGAAGAAUUAACACAAA